GGAAGAUGAUGAUGCGACGCCAAUUGUAAAACAUAGGUAAAAUGACUCAACGUUGGUAUUUAGUGUUAAUUUUUAUUAGUAUUUAUAUAACUAAAUGUCUUUCAGCCGAUAAUGCAACAGAUAACGACUAUCCAAAACUCCAGCCAGACUGGCCCUAUUGUUUCCAGUUCACGUGGUUCGGGCCCGACUUCGACAACGUAACCAGAUACAAUGGCACUUGCGCUGAUUAUCUGGACGAGAAAAGGGCCGUCGGUGUACCGUGCGCUGCCCCCAUUGUUAUUACAUAUAACGGAAGUUUUCCGGAUUUGGAUUACCUGUGGGAACACCACAAAACUAGUAUAUUGUGCAAGAGGAGCGAGAAUCAACGGUGCGUGAAGUACACUUAUUUUUUAAAUAAUGACAUUGCUAAUGUAACUUACACGUGCGCAAAGGUGCAGCAACACAAGGGAGGAUUCAUAGACAAUGGUUGCUACAAGCAAAAAUUAGAUGAAGGCAAAGAAGCGGAAAUUUGCGUUUGUAAAUCCUCAAACGGCAUUCAUCGACCUUGCAACAAAGCUCAGAGUUUUACUAAUUUCGCAAAUAUUUUAUACUUACUCGCGCCAAUCGCUAUUAUUAACAAUUAUUUAAGGCAAUAGAACUAAUUUAGUGGAAAUACCUGUACAAUAAACUUCUUCAAC